AGUGUGAAUCUGUUUCAUAACCACCUCCUUUUUUUUACGUUUUUUUUUUGUUCUCAACUGUUCGAAGCUCAUUGAACAUCAUGUUAUGCUCAUCAGCUACUCGUCGUCUAUUAACUCAAACCGCCACUCGUCAUCAGUCUCACCGUCUGUUUAGCAGUGCUGCUAUUGCUUUGCAAAAGUUCCGUGCUGAACGAGAUACCUUUGGUGAUCUCCAAGUACCUGCUGACAGAUAUUGGGGUGCUCAAACGCAACGAUCUCUUCAAAACUUUGAUAUUGGAGGUGCAAAUGAGCGUAUGCCCGAACCCUUGAUUCGCGCCUUUGGUGUAUUGAAAAAAGCAGCUGCUACUGUUAAUAUGACAUAUGGCUUGGAUUCGAGAGUAGGAGAGGCUAUCCAAAAGGCUGCUGAUGAAGUCAUUGAUGGAAGCUUGAUCGAUCAUUUUCCUCUUGUUGUUUGGCAAACUGGUUCAGGAACACAAACCAACAUGAACGUGAAUGAGGUUAUUUCUAACCGUGCCAUUGAACUUCUUGGUGGCGAGCUCGGAUCUAAAAAUCCCGUUCAUCCCAACGAUCAUGUCAAUAUGAGUCAAUCAUCCAAUGAUACUUUCCCUACGGCCAUGCAUGUGGCUGCCGUGGUUGAAAUAACACAUCGUUUAAUUCCCGCCUUGACUCAAUUACGCGACGCCCUCGAUGCCAAAGCCAAAGAAUUUGAUUCCAUCAUCAAGAUUGGUCGCACUCAUCUACAAGAUGCCACACCUCUCACACUGGGUCAGGAAUUCUCUGGCUAUACACAACAAGUCAGUUACGGUAUUGCCCGUGUGCAAGGCACCCUUGAGCGUCUUUAUAAUUUGGCCCAAGGAGGUACUGCUGUCGGCACAGGUCUCAAUACACGUAAAGGCUUUGAUGUAAAAGUAGCCGAAGCCAUUGCCAAGAUUACAGGACUUCCUUUCAAGACCGCCCCUAAUAAGUUUGAGGCCUUGGCUGCUCAUGAUGCUAUUGUGGAAGCGCAUGGUGCUCUCAACACGGUUGCUUGUUCGUUAAUGAAGAUUGCCAAUGAUAUUCGUUAUUUGGGUUCAGGCCCUCGUUGUGGUUUAGGUGAAUUGUCUUUGCCUGAAAAUGAACCGGGAUCUUCUAUUAUGCCUGGUAAGGUCAAUCCUACUCAAUGUGAAGCUAUGACGAUGGUGUGUGCUCAGGUGAUGGGUAACAAUACGGCUGUUUCUGUGGCUGGUGCCAAUGGUCAAUUUGAGUUGAAUGUCUAUAAGCCAGUUUUGAUCAAAAAUUUGAUUCAAUCGAUUCGUCUCUUGUCCGACGCUUCUACGUCCUUUACCAAGAACUGUGUUACUGGCAUUAAAGCCAAUGAAAAAAAGAUUGAAAGGAUUAUGAAUGAAUCUUUAAUGUUGGUGACCGCUUUAAAUCCUCAUAUCGGUUAUGAUAAGGCAGCUCAAUGUGCCAAGAAGGCUCAUCGUGAAAAUACUACCUUGAAGGAAGCUGCCAUGUCUCUUGGUUAUUUGACUUCUGAAGAGUUUGAUCAAUGGGUCAGACCUGAAAACAUGAUUUCUGCCAACGAUGCUUGA